AUGUGGGGACUGCUCCUAGAGAAGGGACGGGCUAAUAGACUCACCAUCAGGACACUGGUUCUCAAGCGGACUACUGCUAUCAUGUGUUUCGCGCCCGUUGAACCCUCCACGAGCGGGAUCUUCAAUGUCGCUUCCCGACGCGGUCCGCAAGAAAUCACCCAUGGGAAAUGCCGCAUCCCAGACCUGCCCAGUGGUGCUCGAAUCACGACCUCUGCUCUCAACGUGCCCACUCUGGACAACGAUGAUCCGUCGCUUAGGGACAGACAACGCUCUCGCGAGCAAAACAUGACUGAAGCACUUUUUUCAAGUCCCAGAAGGCGACGCAUUCGCCACAACGACGAGAACACGCCACCCAUGACUUUCGUCGCACAAACGCGGGCAUCCUCUCGCGCUUCAGGUGGCACGACACCGUUAAGGCCAAUCCAAAACACCGUUUUCCCUGGCUUUGGCCGCGCGACACCUCCUGCAACUCAAGGCCCCCGUGCUGCAAGUGCUCAUCAGCGGGGUUCCGAAACAUUUUUGACUGCCCCUACGAGCGUUCCUGAUCAGUGUACGGCCGCCACUUUGAGUCGACGAGCUCAGGCCCAGCGCGAUCGCCGUGCUAGGGAGCGUGCACAACGCCAGUCCGAGGCUCUAAAUUCCGAGCACAGUAGAAAUUCGUCUCGCUCUCACAUUCGGGUAACUGAGCCAUUGACGCCGCCAGCCAUGCAGCCCCAAAAUAUUGUACGAGCGCCUGCACCAGUUGAGCCUUUGAUGCUGCCUAUCACGCAGCUUCCAAACGCUGUACGCGAACAUUCACUGGCUGAGCCUUCGACGUCGCUAAUGUCACAGCCUGCGAACGCUGCACGCGAACGAGUGUCCGAAAUUGGUAUCAUGACUCCGCCCCAAACACAAUCUCACCCUAGGCCAUCGCAGGCUGUAGGUGGUAGAGGUGCCAGAUUGCAGCAGUGUUGCUGA